AUGGAAACAAAAACAUUCAGAACACUUUUGAAUAGUCUUAAGGUACGCUUUCAUUUGUUUUUGUAAGACUUUAGGUUGAGAAGUUCGUAAAGGAAAGAACCAUUUCCGAAGAGACGGACGGCCGAGCAAGGAAAGUAAACUACUAUUAUGUUAACUAUAAAGCCAUACUAAAUGUAACUAAGUACAAGAUAGAUCAUAUGAGACAGAAGUUAGAGCAUAGGGAGCAGACCCACGUCCAGAGGGCUUCCUACAUGUGCGCGACAUGUCAUAGAGCUUACGAUGCACUUGAUGUCCAGAGAAUUAUGAAUAUGGAGACCGGAGAAUUGAUGUAAAGAUUCAUUACGUUGUACAACGACUUUUUUACAGAUGUUGGCAAUGUAACGGGCAAGUUGUAGCCGAUGAAACUGCCGGGCCUUCUGAAGAAACCAGGUCGUCGCUAGCCAAGUUUAAUGAGGAGAUGGCCGGUAUAUUUUCGAUGCUUCAGCAAUUAGACGGUAUUAGAUUUGCUCGGCAUAUCAUAGACCCCCCAAUAACGGUUAUAAAAGACGAGCCCAGAGACGACAGGAACCCGAAUGCCUUACAGGUACGAAAGAAUUUUAAAUUGAAGUUUACAAUCCGAUUUUUAGGUUGGUGCUCGAAUGUUUUCCAAUGCCGAGAAGACGAGGUCAGACCUCUAUUCGAAUGGAAUUAUGGUGUCUAUAGGGGAACGUCAAGAAGUCCAAGUUGAAAGCAAAGAAAAGGUGCCUUGGCUACAGCAUAAUACUCAUGAAGAAGUUGCUGGAAAUGGAAUGGAAGGUAUGGUUUUUAUCGUUAUAUUGAUAAUGUUUUACAUUAUUGUUGUUAAGUUAAUGUAUUUUUUUUUCAAUUUGACGUCAAAUUGGCGUGAUUUUGGUCAAAUUGAAAACCUGAAAGACGAACCUUACAAACUCAUAUUCCGUAUGCGAUAUGGUGAAUUAUGUUAAUUCUAGUUGCCGUUAGUUGUUUACGGAAUCAGUCGUUUUGACAAGAAGGAAGGAAUUAUUUGGUUCCCAAAAUUUAAAAAAAACCUGCAGUUUUUAGAUAAAAAUCUGCCAAAUUUCGUCAAAAAGUUAAAUUUGACAAUCAAAACUACAAGGUCAAUUUUACUAGACGAAGGUGACGUCAAUUUAACAAUGUGACAGCAUAACAACCCUAUUUUCAUGAUAAUUUUUAAAAAAAUUUCAGAAUCUUCAUCGGCAUUGAAUGGGUUAUCACUGAAAGAAGAGGCCGGGGAAGCUGAACCAUCAUUGUUAGCACCAUUAUUAGGAGAUGCGGCUACAGCGGAUAUCGGAGCUCUAAUACAUGAGGCAGAGAGUAUAAAAGAGCCUCAUUCAGAGUCUCAUAGUCCCACUAGGAGUAUAAACAACACAAGUAAGUUUGUUCAAUUUCUGUUAGUUUACUGGUAUUUAUUGUUUUUUUCAGAUUCGAUAGAUGAGUUUAGCCAAGUAACAGAAGAAACGCCACACAAAAACGGGUCAUCAAACGGCAUAAACCAUGAUCAAGAUCUUUACGUCACAGUUCAAGGACGUCAAAUCCGAUUUGAGGAUUUGAAUCAAGAGCUGGUGGACUCGAUGAGUAACAAAGAACGCCAAGAAUACAUAGAUCUGGUUGCGAAUUCUGUUUUCUUUUAA